CUCAUCCCACAAACCCAGCAACCUCUGUAAUUUCUUUACUCUACUUCCAAGUAUCAGAAAAUGGGUCUCAAACGACAGUCAUGUCUCCUGGCUAUACUCGCCGUCGUAGUGCAUAUGGCCGGAGGAGCUGCCGUGGAAGCUGUGGAGUUGCCCAUUGCGUACUCAGUUUCCAACAAUGCCCUCAACACGAAAGGAGGCAUCGACUUCCAGAACCAGAUCGGCGAGUGGUACGCGAAACGAACCAUGUCCAAAGCCACCGUUUUCUCGUGGCGAGCAUUCAACCAGCUGUCUUACCCAGGCAGCAAGAAGAUCGUGCCCUCGAUCUGGCUCGUGGUGGAGUCAAUGAGCGAAGACUACAACGGGUACGCAGCCUACAUUAACGGCUCGAUCGUACACAUCAACGCUAACUACUUGGGCCAAUACAACGGCGACCUCAAGAGGGAAUUCACAGGUUUGGUGUACAACCAAGUGGCGAGCAUCUUGCAGUGGACGGGGAACGGGGAGGCGCCGGCGUGGCUGACGACGGGAAUGGCGGACUACGUGAGGAUGAAGGCCGGUUACGAGGCCGUCGGUUGGGUGGGCGCCGGAGAAGGCGAGAGCUUGGGCCGUGGGUUCGACGUUGCGGCCCAUUUCCUUGGGUACUGCAACAAGCUGAAGAGAGGUUUCGUCGGAGAGUUGAAUUACAAGAUGAGGAAUGGUUAUACGGUCGGCUACUUUGUGGAUCUGCUGGGGAAAAAUGUUGAUCAACUUUGGUCGGAGUACAAAGCCACGUACGCCAAGAGGGCUUAAUUACUCAGCUAAAAACACUAUUAGUCAAUGGGGGGAAAAUGUUCCUUUCGUUAUGGAAAACGACUUGUUUUUGUUAAGGGGAUCUAUUUUUGGGUUAUUCUAAUCCGAUCCAACAAUUAGAAUACUAGCAUUGAGCCCGGCCGUUGGCCGGAUUGAUAUUAAAGGAAUUGGUGUAUUGUCACUUUGUUCGUGUAGUACUGAAAUUCCUCUUAUUUUACUUUUUUUUAGUAAGAUUCAACUUCAACUCCUCAACUAAUGUUCUAAUAUAUACCAUUUCUGAUUGAUGAUUUGGAUAUAGAAAGUGUUUUUACUCAUUUAGACCACCUAAACAUAAGACAAAGCAAAUUAUGCAUUUUUUGGAAUACAUAAGCAUUAUAAACUCCCCAAACUAAGGCAUCUUUUGUAACCUUCGAUUCUAAACGUUGUAUUCUGACUUCCGAGUAUACAUGUAUUUCAUAGAAUACAACAUUCUUUACUUGUUUUAAUCAUAGAAUCCAUGUAUAGAGAAUUAAUGCAUGAUGUAUUCAUAAUACAUACAAAAUUAUGUAUACUUAAUCUCAUCUUUUUUUUAGAUUUAUUAUCCAUAGUUCAUUCCAUGCAUAAUCUAUGCAUUAUUCUAUUUUUUACAAACAAAUUAUUCUUAAGAUCCACACAUUCUUAAUGUACACAUAAUCUUAAUACACGUAUUCUAGUAAUACACUAUUUCCGAAAUCAAAGGUUCCAAACGACCUCUUAAGUGAAUCAGACACUUUAAUAAAUAUAGUAUGAUUUUCUUCUAAAUGUAAAUACCAUCAACAACUUUCCUUUCUUGACCAUCUCAGAUUAAUACAAUAAAUUAUGCCUAUAGCCUCAAUAAAUAAAUAAAAAAUAGUCCCCUCGACCUAAACCUACAAAAAAUCUCCUAACAAUUAGUUUUGAUAUCUAUGAUAUGAAGAUUUGCUUACAAUAAAGGUAAAGCCAUUUUAUUAUAGAUGACCAGUGUAGACGAAACAAUAAACCUUCUAUGGGUGGCGAAGGAAGAGCAAGAUUCAUCAUUGAAGCCAAAUACAAUUUAGCACAGGCAAACAACUUAAUGACCAGAAAACCAAUACAGUUUGGGUAAUCAUUCAUGAUUUUUACCUGAAUUUGGUAGAGGAAGGGAUCAUGGACAUUGAGAAAUCAUUGAUAAAAGGCUGACCUGAUGAUAAUAUUGUCCAUUUUGCUGUUACUGAACUCUUCUAGAUUUUGCAGAGGGUGAACUUUGAAUAAAAUAUUGCCCAUCCCUGCGUAAGAAAUGAAGAAAGAAUACCAGUAAAAAAUAAAAAGAUAUUUAAAAAGAAUGCAAAGAUCAAUUGAAGAAAUGAAUAAUAGGACAUUGAAGGGAACGCGUUACAGUAUACAAACUAACAAAAGUAUCCAGCAUCGACGGAAUUGAAAGUAUACACGACGCUCGGAGUGAAGAAGUUUCCCAAUGGCUCUCCGCUGGUGCAUGAUGGCGUGUUGGCGCGUGAAAGUUCAAAACCACGAUCUUACUUAUGGUAAAAUCAAGACGUAUUAAAUGAUAACUGGUGUGUUUGUGGGAAAGCAGCAAUUGCAGCGGCGGAGUUUAAGCCUACAAUGACUGAUGAACGCUAAAUUGACAUCGACUAUAUGGAAAUCGAUGACCGUAAACAGUGUGUGGUGCAAGGAAAGGAAUCGUCAGAGUUCUUUUUUUUUUUCAGAGUUGUUGGUGAAGGCAGGGGAAAAUCGAUGGUGGGAAGUUGCGGGAAGAGAAAACCUAGCCGUCAUAGAGAAGUCGAAUGAAUGAGGCGAAUGGUA